CAGAGCUCACGAACGCUGCGCAUAUGGAUCCCUCCGGCGACGAUGGUGAUCAUCACUCCGACCCUGGUUCCUCGCAAGCCCCCAAGAGCGUUUACAAGGAUCCAGAUGAUGGGCGCCAGCGUUUUCUGCUCGAAUUGGAGUUCGUGCAGUGCUUGGCCAAUCCCAUGUACAUCCACUGUGUCCUCAUUGUCUUUUCUUUUUGAGCUUCUCCAGAAUGCUAAUUUUCGGAAUGCCAUGGCACAUCCUGGCAACAAGGAGUUGGCUCAUAGGCAGCAAUAUUUCUUUUGGAAACACUAUAAGAACAAAAGAUUGAAGCACAUUCUACCGCGCCCUCUUCCAGAACCUGCACUUCCUGGUCCUGCUCCAGCUCCAGCUCCAGCUCCGGCCGCAGCUCUGGUUCCAGUUCCAGCUUCAGCUCCACCUCCUAUUCCAUCCCAGGCACAGAUGCCUUCAAUGGUUGCUGCUGCACCAGCACCUUCCAUGCAAUUUCUCAGGCAACCAGUAUCUGCACUUCCGAAAGCUGACAUGAGAAAUAACAUGGGGGAUUGGAGGAAGAGAAAAUACUGAACGUAUGUGAUGUUGCAAACCAAGAGAGGAGAUAGUCAUCUUACCUUGUCAGGUUGGCAAGGGACUAUGAAUCAUGAGCUACCCGGGCUCUUAUGAUUGAUGAUUAUUUUGUCAAUGCAGUAAACAGAACAACCAACAAUUUAACUUGAUGCCUUCGUUGAUCCUCUUUACUAGGGCAAUGGAUCCUAUUGGGAGCUGCACAGCAAGCUUCUGUAUUUUGUGCCGAGCCUGCUGAUGUGACUGUGGCUGAAAUUCAUGCCUGAACACCAAGUAAAAUUUUUUCUUGACUUAUCCUCGUUGUUCUCUGUCCAAGGAGGAGGCAUUGUCGCAAUUGCUUGCCAUUCCAUUGCCGAGUAAUAAGAAGUUCAUUAAAGUUGCGAGGGAGCUCUAUGAUGAUGGUUAACCGCGUCUACACAUGCUGAUUUAAUUGGAGGGCAGGGCUUGGAUAACAAUUCAAAGGUUGUUUAAUCUGCAACAUCUUCUUUCCUCUCGAAGCUUUCGUCCAAACAUUCAGACUGCCAUGUCUUACUCAGUCGUCAAGGCGUAUGUUGAGGAGGAUGGUGAUUAUUCUGACUGGGGUGAAUUCUAGAUAGAUGGGAGAUCUUCAAGGCGUGGUCCACUUAAUUUAGCUGAGGUUUAUGCUGAGGCCUAUAAUGUUAGCUCCACUGCAGAUUUAUUACAAAUAAUCAAGGAGAAGGAUCCUAAGUCGUUUUUUCUUUAAUAUCAUAAUCUGAAGGCUAAUGUUGACCGUAUAUUCGCGCGACCCAUCUUUGUUUUCAAAUCGAAAUGGGAUUGUUCUUCUUUUGUAGUUGAUACAUGUAUUUCACAGUGGUUAGCGGAUAAUUUUAUUGUUAAUGGCGUUGCGCGGCCGGAAGGAAAUAAUAUAUA